CGGAAGUGGUGCACUUAGCCUCUGACUACUGCCGGGUGAAUGGGUGUUGGGCUCUUUGCUCCACUGCAGUGCACUGGGAUUCUUCUCGUGCAUGGAUCGCGCGUGUGAGGAGAGGUCCGAGGAAGAUAGGGGCGGCGAGGACUCCGACUCCCCGGAAGUACCGGCCAGUAUCCGGGACACUCCCGAAGACAUCAUUUUGGAAGCGCCAGCCAGUGGGCUGGCGUUCCACCCGUCCCGUGACCUCCUGGCGGCGGGGGACGUAGACGGGGACGUGUUUGUGUUUUCCUACUCCUGCCAAGAGGGAGGAACCAAGGAGCUCUGGUCCUCAGGUCACCACCUCAAGUCUUGCCGCGCUGUGGUCUUCUCUGAAGAUGGGCAGAAACUUAUUACUGUCUCCAAGGACAAAGCCAUCCAUGUUCUAGAUGUGGAGCAGGGCCGACUGGAAAGGCGCAUUUCCAAGGCUCAUGGUGCCCCGAUCAACAGCCUGCUGCUGGUGAAUGAGAAUGUCCUAGCCACUGGGGAUGACACAGGUGGCGUCCGGCUCUGGGACCAGCGGAAGGAAGGCCCUGUAAUGGAUAUGCGGCAGCAUGAGGAGUACAUUGCUGACAUGGCUCUGGACCCAGCCAAGAAGCUUUUGCUUACAGCCAGUGGGGAUGGCUGCCUUGGUGUCUUCAAUAUCAAACGACGCCGGUUUGAGCUGCUUUCAGAACCUCAGUCUGGAGACCUGACCUCUGUCACAGUCAUGAAAUGUGGGAGGAAGGUGGCCUGUGGCUCCAGUGAAGGUACCAUCUACCUUUUCAACUGGAAUGGCUUUGGGGCCACAAGUGACCGCUUUGCCUUGAGAGCUGAGUCCAUUGACUGCAUGGUUGCAGUCACUGACAGUCUGCUGUGCACUGGGUCCACUGAUGGCGUCAUCAGGGCUGUGAACAUCCUGCCGAACCGCGUGGUGGGCACUGUGGGCCAGCACACCGGGGAGCCCGUGGAGAAGUUGGCCCUCUCCCACUGCGGCCGCUUCUUGGCCAGCAGUGGCCAUGACCAGUGCCUCAAGUUUUGGGACAUGGCCCAGUCUCGGGCUGUGGUGGUAAAUGACUACCGCCGGCGCAAAAAAAAGGGAGGGCCACUUCGGGCGCUGAGCAGUAAGGCCUGGAGCACUGAUGACUUCUUUGCAGGACUAAGGGAAGAGGAAAAGGAGGAAGAGGAAAAGGAGGAAGAGGAGAGUGAGGACGACAGUGACUGAGGGAAUGGGCUGAAUCUGAAAGACAGGUCCUCACUGGGCAAGAGUCUUGCUUCCUGGGCUGAAUCCCCAGAAGCUGUACAGAUACCAUACCCUCUUGUGCAGUAUGCAGAGAGGGGCAGACGGCUCAGGACUGUGGAGAGGUCAGGCUGCUCACACUAGCAGUGUAAGCUAAGUCCACAGCUGGGGCAAGACGGCACAGACACAGGUGUACACCAACCAGGGGUUUAAUAUAAAUACAACCAGCAUAGGAAAACCAACAGUGCACGUACACCAAAACCAAAACGCCAAGUGGUGGGGACAAAUGGCAGAUUUCUGACCCUUUGGCUCAGCCAUCCCCAAAAUAAAAACCAACAAAGACAAAUCAACAAAAUGAGCAAAGAUUCACGCUAAGCUGUGGGGGGAGACAGAGUGAGAGAGGCUGUGUGUGUCACACAGAAAGGCCAAGGAAAACCCUGUGCUGGGAGUGGGAGGGCAAGAUCCCUCACCACAGCUUAGCCAAACCUGAGCUGUCCCCAGGUGCUCUGGGGCUGUGCCCCACCUGGGAGGCUCUGUCAGGCUCAGGGCAGGGCCCCAUGCUCCUCCCUUUUUGGGAUUAGAUGGUGGCUGCCCAGGCCUGCUGGGUUGGAGACUCACAGGCUCUGCCUACUUAUUCAGGCUGCCUGUGGGGACGAUGGAGUUACUGCUUAACCAGGGUACCUGCCUCAGCUCCAGCAGACCACAGGAGGCUGGCCCCAGACUCGCUCAGUGUCUCCAGGAGCCGUGCAGACACAGCAUCCUUGGCCACCUCAUGCCCAUCCUGCCCAUCCAUGGUCAGCACAACCCAGAUGAGGCCACUGAAGGGCACUGGAUGCCCAGGGAUCACCACCUGGUACCAGAAGUGGUGCCAGCCAGCGGGGCCUGUGCCCAAGCACUUGGUGAGGAACACUGGGCUGCCUAGCUUCAUCUGCUGACACAGCAGCUGCAGGGCAGCUCGAGCCCCUUGGGACUCUAGCUUGUCCCUAGCCAGCACCAAGUGGCUACCCUCUGGCUGUAGGCCCCUUGGGGAGGGCCCCACAACCUGCUGCUGGCGGAGUCGCUGCUUCAGGUCUGGCUUGAGCCACUCCACAGCCACCUGCUCUCCACAGAGGCGCGACUGCCCUGCAGAAAAAAGGCAAAGGCAAGACCAGUCUUAGCCCUGGGCCAAGUAAGCCCCGGCCUGUUAAUUUCCAGCCUCCCAUUUCCGGGUGGUGUGACCUCUGGCACAUUCAGUGACUUAAGGCCUCAUUCUAUUUGUAAAGGGCAUGUGGUAACCUCUGCCUUCUAAAUUUUCCUGGAGGCUUACUGGUAAAUGCUAGUUUUGCCCAUCACAUAAUCAUAAAGUAGCUCCUUUACUGUGAAUUCUUGCCCGGAUGUGCUAAGUACCCACUUAAUUCUCACAACAGAUGACAGUCUCAGUUGCACUGCCUUGGGCAAGUCCCCUUAAAAUAAUCCCUUCCCUACAGAGGAGGUCAUUGUGUGUGUCUGUGUGUUUUACAUUGGAAUGUUGAGGGUUAAGCCAGGAGAUAAAUAUGAGGGAAGUGUUAAAUUUAGGUAAGCUGUAGUGCCACUGGGAAUUUAAAAAUCUUGAGUUCAAAUAAAUAGUAUAAGUUUGCAAA